AUGUGAAAAUAGGAAAUAUAAUAUAUAAAAUCUGAAAUUGGUGCACAACCACUGGCAACUUAAACUCAUACAUACGCCGCCGUCCGUCUGAGCAAACAACACUCCGAUAAGUAUUUGCAGAUUUUUUCACUUUUACGGCAGCCAUGGCGAUCGAUAAUCUUGCACCUGCUCAGAAGCCGCGAUGGGGCGAAUUGGAAGAAGAGGACGAUGGAAGUGAUUACGACUUCUUGUUGCCGCCGAAACAGGUGAUUGGACCGGAUGAGCACGGUUUGAAGAAGGUGAUUGAGUACAAGUUUAACGACGAGGGUAACCGGGUUAAGAUAACUACCACCACGCGUGUGCGUAAGCUUGCGAAUGCGCGGCUCAGCAAGCGCGCGGUGGAGAGGCGGUCGUGGGCUAAGUUUGGUGAUGCUGUUCAUGAGGAUGUUGGUGCUAGGUUGACUAUGGUCUCUACUGAGGAAAUUAUCUUUGAGCGACCUAGGGCUCCAGGUUCAAAAGCUGAGGAGUCCAACGCAUCCGGAGACCCACUGGCUCAAAUGUCAAAAGGAGGUGCGGUUCUUAUGGUAUGCAGAACAUGUGGCAAGAAAGGUGACCAUUGGACCUCAAAGUGCCCAUACAAGGAUCUGGCCCAGCCCAGCGAAACCUUCGUCGAGAACCCGAACCCUAACCCUGCAGACUCAGGUGCUUCCGGUCCCAGCAAAGGCGGUGCAUACGUCCCACCCACCAUGCGUGCUGGUGCGGUCAGAACUCCUGCUGGUGGUGCUGACAUGAGACGUAGGAACGAUGAAAACUCUGUUCGGGUCAAUAACCUUUCAGAGGAUACCCGUGAGCCUGACUUGCUUGAGCUGUUCCGCCCGUUUGGUAGUGUGUCGCGGGUUUAUGUUGCUAUGGAUCAGAAGACGGGUAUGAGCCGAGGGUUUGGGUUUGUUAACUUUGUGAGGAGGGAAGAUGGUGAAAGAGCUAUUGCUAAGCUGAAUGGGUAUGGGUAUGAUAAUCUUAUCUUGAGCGUUGAAUGGGCUGCUCCUAGGGCGAACUAGUUCUGUUCCUUUACUGUUUUGUGUUUUUAAGUAUGCUUAUGUACGUCGGCAAGAUUGUGAGAUUCUCUGUUUAAGAGGUUGCAUUUGAGCAAGAUCUACUUUAUUUGAUACAUAGAACCAUGGUGUUUUCUAUUUUUCGAUUGUUUGAUACAUUGAGAUAUCUACAUUUACUUAUUUGGUACUUGUGAUCCGUGUUCA